AACAUCAGCUGAAUUGUGUCUUCAACAUCAACUUGCUGAAUUCGCUCUUCGUUCGCAUAAACCUAUUGGUUAUUUAUUAAUUAAAUAUUAAAUUUCCCAUUAAUACUGAGCAGAUGUGUCGUAUCUAUGAUAGAUUUUCAGCUCUCCAUCGUUAAUAUCAUGCAUUCUUAACUACACAGAACAAAAGAGUUAUCAGUAAAAAUGUUAUCAAGAUACGUGGUAGCGCAAGUGAAGCAUAAUUCCUACUUCCUGUUGGGCCUGGUUCUUGGGCUUUGGGUGGCAUUGGUUGCGGUUCCCUUGGAGGAGGAUGUAGUGGAGUGCGUGGGUACAGCGAGUGGGGUAUCAACUGAGGUGGAUGAGUUUGAGCCGCAUCGGGAAGAUCGACCUUUGGGCGCGGCUGGGCCCGCUGCUGGCCGCGUCGUGCAACGUCCGCGUUACUAUACCACAGAACUGGGCAUGAGAGGUCCAUUACUGUCUGGCGUGCUCAGCUCAGAAGAAGCUUUGGCAGCAAGAGGUGCUGCAUUGAAUCAGACGGCCGCGCGUCUGCAGCCCUCUCUCCGCUUCUUCAUUGCUGCUAAUUCUCUAUCACCAUCUCGCGCACGCGCUAAUGUCGUCGGCUUCACUGACACGCGCGAAAUGCUGAAGCCCUUCCAUGCCCUCAAGUAUCUCGCUGAUAACUAUCUAGAGGAAUAUGACUUCUUCUUUCUCGUAUCCGAUGCAACAUUUGUUAAUGCGCGCCGACUCACUGAUCUCGUGUCUAAACUCAGCGUCAGCCAGGAUGUCUACAUGGGGACCAUUGCUGAAGAUGACAGUCAUUAUUGUACACUUGAGGGCGGUAUCCUACUAUCGAACUCUGUGCUGCGCGCGGUUCACGGCGAACUAGACUGGUGCGUGCGCAACUCUUACUCGCCGCACCAUCACGAGAACCUCGGCCGCUGCGUCCUCCACGCGGCGCACCAGCGCUGCAGCGCGGCGCUGCAAGGCGAGCGCUACUCCGCCCUGAAGCUGGCGGACGAGGCCGCUGCGGGCCUGACGCCGGCGCUGGCGGACGCCGUCACCGCGUAUCCUGUCACGCAACCGGAACAACUCUAUCAGCUUCAUGCUUAUGUGUCUCGGUUGUACCUGGAGCGCGACCAGUCAGAAGUGCUCCAGCUGCGCGGCUACCUGUGGCGCAACGCAGCGCGACACCCGCCCGGGCUGCGCAACGCCACGUGGCCGGGCGGACUGCGCACCGACGCGGGCCGCGCGCCGCGACCUCCGGACAACAGAUUCGACCACCUGCGCUGGACGACCUUCAACUUGACGCACGCGUUCAUGCCAGACGAGAACCGCGCUGUAGGAGUGCUCUCCGGCGCUUAUAAGGAAGCUCUAGAUCUAGUAGUGGAUGCAUCUUGCGCAUGGGCCAAACGUCGAUGGGGGAGGGAGGGGGCGGGCGCGGAUGGUGGGGGGAGCGGCAACCAAGUGGACUUGGAGGAGGGGGCGUGGCGCUGGGAACCACCGUACGGGUUGAGAUAUCGGCUGCUGCUACGGGAAACUGACGAUAAACAGCGUUCCCGCCUCCGCUACUUAGAAGCCAUCCGCGUAUUAGGUUCGGCCCGCCUCGUGCCCGUGCCGUACGUCACCGAAAGCGCGCGCAUUACAUUGGUGCUCACUGUCGCGGGAGAAACGUGGAGAAAAUCUGCCCUCUCUUUCUUGCGCCGAUAUGAAACUAUAUGUCUUGGAAAAGAUAAGAACACUGUGCUUAUUGUGGCACUAGUGUCGUGGGAGGAGGAGACGGAAGACGAUUCGACAACGGAGCCGAUCCGCUCAGCCAUAGCGGCGCUGCAGCAGAAGCACGCGGGUGUCAAGCUGGAGCUGGUGACGUCACGCGUGGCGCGCGCGCGCGGCGCCAGCGAGGCGGCGGCCGGCGCGCGCGCGGCGCGCGGCGCGCUCGAGGCUGCGCUGUCGCGGGUCUCGCGCGACGCGCUCGUGCUCGUGCUCGUGCCCAAUGUGGAGUUCAACGAGGAGUUCCUCAAUAGGGUGCGCAUGAACACGAUAAUGGGCGAGCAGUGGUUCCUGCCCGUGGGUUUCUCGCGUUUCUCGCAGUACGACCACCCCCGCUUCGUGGACGCGAAGGGGAACAAGCCGCAGGUCAACACUGGCCGCUUCCAGCUGCACGCAGACCCCGUGAUGUCGUUCUACAGGAAGGACUAUGACUCUGCGGCAGCAGAAAGCAUAGAUCGCGGCGAGUCAGAGUGGGCGGGCAUAGACGAAGUGCUGAUAGCGUCGUCGCUGCGCUGCGUGCGCGCGCCGGAGCCGGCGCUGGUGCUGCCGCCGCGCGCGGCGCCGUGUCGCGCGCGCGCCGCCGACACCACGCAGUGCCUGCGCGCUACUAGAGACGAAAACUUUGUGUCACUCGCCCUUGGAGCUAGACACGAGUUGGCCAGACUCUUACUUGAAACUGAGGCUGACGUUUAGUCGAAUUAAAUAUUUUUAUAUUCUC